UGGGCUCCAUGCAGGGUGCAGCGAAGGAAGGGGGCAAAACAAAACAAGUCGUUGAGGACAGGCACCUGCAAGGGUUUCGGUUUGUCCCUGUGAAUAAUGAGUAACACGUACAGGGACUCAUGUGGAGCAGGGCUGGAAAAUGAGGAGGAGUUUGUGGAUAUAUUAGAGGAGCGGAGGCGCAGCAGUGAUCUGGGCCAUGCACUGCGGACCUUCAGCCCGCACCCUUACAAAGGAGCCGAGUCCUGCUCCAACGCUGACCUCAACAAAGCUGUGCUGGAGUCCCAGUAUCUGCGCUACAUGGCCAAAGAGAUAGCCGCUGAGACGGGGUCAUCGGUAGAGGAGGUGAGAGAGGAGGCUUGUGGGAUUUUGGAGGAAAUGUCUCAAAACUUGCAGCUGAAGUGUAUCAGGCUGAUGGGCUUCACAAUGACCAAGGUGUUAAAAAGACUCUACAGCGGCAUCUUUGUUAACAUGGAAGGACUCAACAUGCUCCAACAAUCCAUUCAGGAGCAUCCAGUGAUCCUGAUGCCCAAUCACAGGAGCUAUAUGGACUUCCUUAUUAUCUCCUACAUCAUGUUCACCUACGACAUCCCAAUGCCAUUUAUUGCUGCAGGAAUUCCUCUUGCAGGGAUGAAGUUGGUCGGAGAGGUACUGCGUCGCUCGGGAGCGUUCUUCAUCCGACGUGCGAUUGGCUCUGACAAACUGUACUGGGCAGUGCUGUCAGAAUAUGUCAGAACCAUUAUAAAGACAGGAAUUGCUCCUUUGGAGUUUUAUGUGGAAGGACUGCGGAGUCGCACACUAAAGUCCGUGAUGCCAAAGCUAGGCAUGAUGCACAUGGUGAUGGAGCCCUUCUUUAAAGGCGAGGUGUAUGACAUCACACUGAUCCCCAUUAGCAUCAGCUACGACCGAGUGCUGGAGGAGUCGCUGCUCGCACACGAGUUACUGGGUAUCCCCAAACCCAAAGAAAGCACCACGGCUCUGCUGAAAGCUAGCAAAGUGCUCCAGGAAGAUUACGGCAGCAUGCAUGUGAACUUUGGCCGUCCAAUGUCUGUUCGACAUUUGUGUGAAGGCAAGAUAAACCGCUGCCAGUACAACCUCGUACCAAGGGACCUUCCUCAGAAGCCCAGUGCAGAGGUUCAGGCCUGUGUGAGCUGGCUGGCUCAUCUGAUGGUCAGGGUCCAGGAGGAGGGCUCUGUGAUGGGCCCCUGGGCUCUGAUGGCCUGCCUGCUGCUCCAGGCUCCCACCAGAGUCCUAACAGAGGAGGGUCUGCCCUGGCAGGAGCUCACAGACAAAACCCUCUGGCUCAGGAAGCUGGCGCUGGAUUUUGGGGCUCGCCUGAACUGGCCGAGUGGGCAAGGACAAGCCCCUGAUACGGAUGUGAUGUCAUCCACGGUCGCCCUUCAUGGCUCUAUAGUUAACCAUAAAGCCGGGCGUGUCUUCCUGGUUCAGGAGGAAGAGCCUACGAGAAAUCGCCCAAUCAGCCCAGAGGAGAAAAUGAUCAGCACGGCAGCGGCGGUGCUGAUGCUGGCUUCCUACAGGAAUAUGUCUCUGCACAUAUUUGUUCGUCCCGCCUUGCUCGCAACGGCCUUACACAUCAAAAAGACCACACAAAAAGACGAGCUCCUCGCCUUCUUCUGCUUCCUGCGGGACGUCUUCUCAAACGACUUCAUCUUCAUCCCUGGAAAUUCGUCUCAGGACUUUGAGGAGGCGUGCUUCCUCCUGAAAAAAUGUGGAGCAGUCCACGUCAGUGAACAGGAAGUGACGGUGUCAGUCGCCGGGCUGGAGGUGUUGUCCUUCCUGCAGGCACUGCUACAACCCUUCAUAGACUCCUACCAGGUGAUAUUCAGGUACCUCUGUGAAAACGAAGUUCACGUGUACGCUGAGAAACAGUUCCUAACUGCUGUGCGAAACCUGGCUACAGAGCUCAUCCUUUCAGGUGAACUUCACACCUACGAAGCACUGUCGUCUGACACACACAAGAACGUGUUGUCGGCCCUGCAGAGACUGGACAGUCUGACAAAGUCGAGGGCGUCUGAGCAGAAUGAAUACACGGUGAAUAAAGCAGCUGUCAGAAGAAUCGAUGACAUACUUUCUGGGAAAAUCCCCCCCCAGAUGCUCCACACCACACCUGAAGCAAAACUCUAGCCUCCAUUGGAACAGAUCCAAUCUUCAGUAUCUCUGUUUCCUUGUUUUAAUUCCUUACAUUGAUAGGGUGACCCAAGGUUGACUGUAUGGCUGAUUUUGGUAAAUGGCCAUUGUCAGUGUUAUUCGAUGAAGAAAGGUGUAAGUGUGACUGAUGCAAUAGUGAUGCCUGUGAUUUAAUAUGCUGAACUCAAACUGAUUUCAAUCAGUUGCAUUGUAUUAUUAUGUUUUUGUCUAUUGCUAAUUGCAAAGGCUGCCAUGUAUUAUUGAGGAAAAAUGAAUAGAGCACUUUAAAA